UGACGAUGCAGUGCCCAAUGACAUGUGGCAAUCGCUUCGUGUUCCUGUCCCUUUCCUCUCCUUUAUCUUUCUCUUAAUCUCGCUCUCUCUCCUCUCCCUCUUUCGCUGCAUGCACGCUCGUUCCACCUCCCACCCCUUUCUUCCCCCCCUUCAUUCUUUUUGACCCGCUCGCGUCCUCCACUUUGAAUCUUCAUCUUUUAUCCUUCCUUACUAUUGUUGACCCCUGCAAUUUUCGUUCACCUUCUCUUAUACCUGGCUUUUCGAGCCAUGUAUCCUGGUCGACUGUUCCCCCCUCUAGACUAGUACAAUGCCACUCAACACCUUUGCCCUGAGUGUGGCCCUCACUCCGGCCGUCCUCCAGACCCUGAUCUCGCAUUAUAUUCAUCGCAAAUCGCUUCGUGAGAAGCCCAACGUGCACGUCACCUACGAUGAAGCCAUCCGCAUCCUGCGUGAAUUCCUUGUCUAUGCCUCCAAACAUCCCGUCGAGGAUCUCCAGGCCUUUACCUGCCAGAAGGUGCCCGCGCCCCAUUGGGUGAAACUACAAACCGUGACUGUGUCGGAGGAAUACCUCUCGUCAGCGGCCAAGGCCAUCAACCAACAGUUGGGUCCCAAGGGCAUCGCACGGGUUGGAGGGAGUGAGUGGUGGCAAUGGCGUGGACCAGCCGAGGACCUCAAGGGAGAGUGGAUCGAGAUGAAGGAUGAUUACAAUGAGCGGAAGCAGACCAGUCGCGAUCAUCCGAGCCAAAAGCGGAUCAUGUUGUAUAUCCAUGGUGGGGCGUACUUCUUCGCUAGUCUGGAUACCCAUCGCUAUCAGAUGCAGCGGCACGCUAGGAAGCUUAAGGGUCGGGUUUUUGCACCUAAAUAUCGUCUGGCGCCGCAAUUUCCGUUCCCGUGCAGUCUACAAGACUCCCUGGCCGCAUACCUGUACCUGCUGGAGGAUCAUGAUCCGAAAGAGAUCAUUUUUGCCGGCGACUCGGCCGGUGGAGGAAUGGUGUUCUCGAUGCUUGUCAUCUGUCGCGAUCAAGGUCUGCCUUUGCCGGCGGGUGCCAUCCUAAUUUCCCCUUGGGUGGACCUUACGCAUUCGUUCCCGAGCAUUGUCGCGGACAACCCGGGCGACUACAUUCCUCCCUAUGGCUUCAGACAUAAACCCUCCGCUGCAUGGCCCCCGCCAAACGCGGACGAGCUGCGUGAGCUCAAGAAAGGCCUCAAAAAACACCCAGCCAGCCAGAGUGAGGCUCUCAAGGCCAUACCGAAUGACAGCGAGGCCGAAGAAACAGCAGCGAAGGGUUAUUCGAGCCGUAGGAACAGCGCGACCAACGCGGAACGUGCCUUCGACAUCGAGCACGAGACUGUCAAGGUGGUACUUGAUGGGGAGACAGUGGAGGUCAAGGACCAGAUUCACAUGUACACUACUAACGAGCUUCUGUCUCAUCCUCUCGUCUCCCCUGUCUUCCAGCUAUCACUGGGAGGUCUACCUCCACUGCUGAUCCAAAGCGGAGGUGGUGAAAUGCUACGAGACGAGCAGUUCUACAUUGCACAUAAGGCCGCCAACCCCACAGCAUACCCGCCCAGUGACAAGUUCCUCGACGAGCAUGAUCCAUCACGCGAGAUUCUUCACAAAUACCCCGGUACCCAUGUUCAGCUACAAGUCUGGGACGACCUCUGCCACGUCGCUCCCACUCUCAGCUUUACACGUCCCGCGAAGUAUAUGUACCGGGCGAUCGCUCAAUUUGGGGCCUGGGCUCUGGCAUGUGCGCAGAAAGAGGAGGUGGAAAUCGAAGAUCAGCAGUCCGGGUCAUCCAGCGAGUCUGACAAGCCAGGAGACGCUGCUAACGGUACCACCAAUGGCACCGCAGUCGCAUCGAUUGGACGGGCAGGCGAUCCAUUACCGGCCUUCAAAGACCGCAUGAUCCGACAACGAGUCGACAAACGGGGAAAUAUUUAUCCGCUUGAUCCUCCGUCUCAGUGUCCCGUCCUCCAGAUCCCCAGCUCCCAAGUCGGUACCUUCAACCCCAAACUUGUCCGUGGAUGGCUGGCAGCCAAGGAGGAAUGGGACGAGAAAUUCGCCAAAGACAAGCUCCGGGUUCAGCGACAGCGGAUCAAGGAAUUGGCGUAUGGCCUUCAGACAUUCAAGGACGAGUUGCCUCCACCCAGUUCACUUGCUGCAAGACGCAAUGCCCCUGGCGUCUUGCCCUCCAAGACCGGCCGCAAGAGUUACCCCAUGACGAUGUGGAGCAGACUGGCGAGCAAGCAAGACGAGAGAUCGAUCGCUAAAGAACAGCAAAAAGGCUGCGAGGUCAAGCGGAAGAGUGUCGACGCCGGACGCGCCGGAGCGUCAAUGGACGAGGCCAACAGAUCCAAAGCCGAGAGUGUACGGCCGUCCUCUCAACCGGCUACCCUUGCCUCGCACCCUACGAACAUCGUCAUUGUCCCAACCCAAUCAGAAAAAGACAGCGUAACCUCCCAUAAGGCGUCAACUGAUGCAGUUGAUCAGCUGGGAACAUCUCCCCCGCAAGGUACAGCUCUCAGCAAGUCCAGCAGCCGACUCAUGCUACUCCCGGAAUACGAAGGGAAAACGCUCCUCGACGAAAACGCCAGCACAAGGACGCUCUUCCGUGAAGCCGGAGCCAUCCCUACCACAUCAGAUGGCGUAUGGUCACGACUUCGCCAACGGCCACUAUCUCAUGCCGGCUCCGGAACUAUCCGCAGCGAAUUCACCUCCGAGCUUCCUGAAGAUAGCAGCACGAUCGGCGAUGAGAAAUCCCUUGCGGUGACCACCACGGGUGUUGACGAAGCCAGCACUCGCGCCGUGCUGCGCGCUGGUGGUGUGGUGGGUCUGAUGAGCGAUGAUGGCGACUCAGCUUAUCGCUCGUUUGAUGCGCUGUCGACCACGGAUGCAGGUGAUGCUGAAUCCGUACCUGGUGGCGUGAAUGGUGAUACAGGAGGGGUGAAUGGCAGUGCUGAUGUUGACAAACACGCGCGUCCGACUAUGCCGGAUCGCGAGUUCUUCAAGACGGCUGAGGAGUAUGUGGCUUAUUGAGUUGGUAGCCAGUGGAGGUGUGCUGAUGAUAUAUGCCCUUUGGACUUUUACGUCUCGUCUCGCGACAUGGCGAUUGGCGCGUCUUCUGCAAGAGUCAUGGCGAGUAUAUGCCACUGUUCUAUCUAUAGUUCUGAUCUGUCGUUUUAUUGUUUUGGAAUACCCCGUUGUCGAAUACUACAAAGACAUACACCAUCUCAAAUACCUGCAUGACUGUACAUACCGCAAUCACAUAACCAUUAACCAUAACACAUUUUGGGUAUAAUCAUACACACAUACUAUA